CUUCAUCCUUCCGUGUCCUCAGUCUCCUUUUUUGGUCGAAUAUUUCCUCUUAUUCUUCGGCUUCCUCCGUUCCGAAUCUUCUACCAGACUUCUGCUCCUCGUGUUGCGCGAUUCGCCGGGUAAUUUGCGGGCUGAAAUGAUGUCCUCCUCGUCUUCACCGGCGGCGGCGACCGUCCGGGCCGAGAAGCCUGCAGUCCGAGUCGAGAAGGCCACCAGUCGCCUCUUGAUCGGCCCUGAUUGGACCAUGAAUAUGGACAUCUGCGACACCGUCAACAACGAUCAGUGGCAGGCCAAAGAAGUGCUUAAAGCAAUUAAAAAGCGCUUACAGAACAAGAAUCCAAAGGUUCAGUUUCUAGCUUUGACGCUAUUGGAAACAAUGGUAAAAAAUUGUGGCGAAUAUGUACAUUUUCAAGUUGCCGAACGGAAAAUUCUUGAAGAAAUGAUCAAAAUUGUUAAGAAAAAGACAGACAUGCAAGUAAGGGAUAAAAUUUUGGUACUUCUGGACUCUUGGCAAGAAGCAUUUGGUGGGCCUGGUGGCAAGUAUCCUCAGUAUUAUUUGGCAUACAUUGAAUUGAAGAGAUCUGGAAUAGCUUUCCCACAGAGAACAGCAGAUGCUCCGCCGAUAUUCACUCCUCCUAUCGCACAAUCUGAAUUAACAUCGGCAUUUCCCCAAUCAGGCUACGGAGUGCCAAGCGUCGCUUCCGUGGGGUUUGAUGCAGCAAUGACAUCUGACAUGGGAAACCUAAGUUUCUCGGACUUCAGACGCAUCCGGGAUGCACUAGAGUUAUUACGGGAAAUGUUACAGGCUGUUAACCCAAAUGAUCGUGGGGCUGUGAAAGAUGAAUUGAUUGUUGAGCUAGUGAGUCAGUGCCGCUCUAACCAAAAAAAGCUCAUGGAAUUGAUCGGAUCUACCGGGGACGAAAAGCUGCUAGGGGAAGGUCUGGAACUGAAUGAUGAGUUGCAAAGUUUGCUUGCAAGACACGAUGCCAUAGCUGCUGGAACCCCACUGCCUCCUGAAGCAUCGAAACCACUUACACAGUCUAAGAAGCCUAUCGAGCCUCCCUUGGUCAUAAGCAAUCCAAUUGAAGAUGACGAAUUUGAGGAUGACUUCGAUCAAUUAGCUCACAGGAACUCGAAACUUAAGCCACUUACUUCAGGGAGCAGUGCAUCAGUCAACAGUUCGGACUCUCUCACAUCCAAUAGGAGAGAUAUAACCACUGCAACUGAAUCGAGCACUUCAUCAUCUACUAUGAGCAAUGCAUUAGUUCCAAUCGACUACCCACUCGAUCCACCGCCUCCUGUUAAGGCCCAAAAGGAAGAGCAAGACAUGAUUGACCUCCUGAGCAUCACUUUGUCAACCCUCCCUUCUUCACCUGGCAGACCAGCAACACCUCCAUCAGCUUCGAGGGAACAAAACGGAACUCCUGCAACUUCAACUGAACCGGGCUACUCAUACAACUCUUCCUACGCUCCGACCGCUAACCAAGGACAUUCUCCCUAUAACAGUUAUAUCACACCCUGGGCCCAGCAGGCACUUCCUGCACCAACAAUGCAGCCUCAGAUGCCUCAGUAUUCCUCAUCAUGGACUGCAGCACAUGCUAGCUCUCCUCGUGCCGUUAAUAUGUCUGCUUAUUCUUCUAGGCCUCUGGAGCAGCAGAACUCCUUUGGGUCUAGAGCAAAUGGUUCAACAGCCGCUGCCGGUGUUUUUGUCAAAGAAACACCCACGAACACGAACAGCUCGCCAUCAUAUGUUCUUCCUAACAGAUUGUUUGAGGAUUUGAUAGAUUUGAGAAGCUUCACUGGUGGAACAAAAACAAGUGUCAGAUCGCAACAACCAAUGAUCAGUGGAAAGAAAUAGCUUUGCCUUUUCAUUAUUUUCUAGACUAAAUAUAUUUUCCAUGAUUUUUUGUGGUUUCAUAUACAGUUAGUUUGAUCUCACUUCUUGAAUGCCAACAUUUUAUUUAUGUAGUGUUAAAUGGAUGGUGAUGAGAUUGAAUUUGUAUGUUA